CUGUGAUCGCAGUGCGUGGUGGCAGUUAGGGGAGGAUUUCGAUUUCGCAAGUGCACGGCACCGGCAGCUACGACGCUGUGUGGCAGCUACAAAAAGGAUCAGCUUACCUUGCGGCAAGAUCAUUUCUCAAGUGACUACCGUGCAGUGCGGAGCGGCAGCAGCAACGUCGCAACAUCGAAACAUCGCAACUUUAUUUACAAACAAGGUUCAAGCCAAACCAAAACCAAAACACAUUGGACACAAUGGCCGUGCAGGGUCAGAGAUUUAUGACCAAGACUCAGCAUUACCGCAAGGUCACCAAACCUCUGCUGGAGCGCAAGAGACGCGCUCGGAUGAAUCUGUAUCUGGACGAACUCAAGGAUCUCAUUGUGGAUACGAUGGACGCACAGGGCGAGCAGGUCAGCAAGCUGGAGAAGGCGGACAUCCUGGAGCUCACCGUGAACUAUCUGAAGGCUCAGCAGCAGCAGCGAGUGGCCAGUCCGCAAUCCCCACCAGUCUCCCAGGUCAACUUGGACAAAUUCCGGGCUGGUUACACCCAGGCUGCCUACGAGGUCUCGCACAUAUUCUCCACCGUUCCCGGCCUGGAUCUCAACUUCGGCACCCACCUGAUGAAGCAGUUGGGUCACCAGCUCAAGGACCUUAAGCAGGAAGAAGAGUGCCCCGAUAUGGGAGAGGAACCAGUUAACCUAUCCGAUCGUAAAUCAUAUGAUCAUUCACCCGAAAGGCGCUCCAGGUCUCCGCAGAAACAGGAUAUCCCCAACGGCGAGGAUGUCUGGCGUCCCUGGUGAAGAGCAUCCCAAAUACACGCAACCAAUUAACAUUGAUAGCUUUACCAGUCGAUUUCAUUUAGAAACGAUCCAAGUUUUCCAAGGUCUAGUGUAAACAUUUGCCUCAGAAUCGUAUUUAGUUGGUAGUUGAUUUGAUAUGAUGUGAUGUUCCUGUGAUAGUUCUUAAGUUCGUAUUUUGUAUUUGAUCUCCCAUAGGCCUUACGAUUCAUGUAUUUAAUUGGUUAUAAUUUAUUUUAUCAACAUAACAAAGAGCUUCCCCACCGAGCUUCCACUUAGAUUCAUUAAGGAAACACAUUUUUUUCAUGCUUUAAAUUUGCAUUUCUGCUUUACAACAUUUAAUCUAAGCCAUGACCACUUAAAUAA